CUCUUCGGUCGGUCACGCGCCAUCACGUGUCACUAAGUCGUUACGGAGCUCGGUGUGAGCACGAGCCGCGGCGGUUAAACCGUUCCCAGUGGCAGGUCGGACUGCAGCUCUCGUUCCUCUCUCAUCCUUUAAAGCAGAGGAUGCUGCGGGUACAGCACCGACCGUGAGCGGGUCACAGCGGCGGGCAGGAGGAGGAAGAGACGCGCGAAGGACACCAGCAGCACCGGAGACAGAUGGGGAUUGAUUUGCCGCAGGCCCCUGCCGUCGUGAAAUCGGACACCGACCUGCGGCGGAUGGGGUGACCGAGCUCGCUGCUUCUCCGCCGGGGAGGCCCCAUGACUGCGGACGUUACCUGCCUGGGAGCUGCUGCCAGCGGCCGGUUGUAAGGUGGAGGACGGAGACAGGGAAAGGUGAGGAAAAUGCAGACGGAGGAGGAGACGGCCGCCGCAGAAGAGCCCAUUUUGGAGGAAGGGUCAGGACGAGAGCAGCAAAAGCCCACCCAGCAAUCCCUGGCCUCCUCCCUGUGCAGAGAGUCCCACUGGAAGUGCCUCCUCCUGACCCUCCUCAUGUAUGGUUGCUUCGCCACGCUGGCCUGGUGCGCUAUCUGUCGGGUGCCCGUCCUCGGCUCCGCCCCCUCCAUACCUCUCGGUGCCGAUGAUGACGCCACAUCUGCAGCCUACUACAAUGAUAUGGUUCACUGGGAGAGUCCAUGCUCGAGCGGAUAUGUCUACAUCCCCCUGGCCUUUCUGGCAAUGCUUUAUGUGGUUUAUCUGGUGGAGUGCUGGCACUGCUUCUCUAAGACGGCCAUGUUGGCUCAUGCUGAAUUCCAGGAAGUGUACGAGCGGGUGCAGAGACUCCAGCAGGCCACUCCAUGCAUCUGGUGGAAGGCCAUCAGCUAUCACUACGUCAGGAGGACCAGACAGGUGACCAGAUACCGCAAUGGAGAUGCAUACACAACCACACAGGUCUAUCAUGAGCGAGUUAACACUCACGCCUCCAGUUCAGAGUUUGACUACGCCCGCUAUGGCGUCAAAGAUGUGUCAAAAGAGCUGUUGGACCUGGAGCAGCACCCUGCGGUUCGCCUCCGCUUCACUAAAUGUUUCAGCUUUUCCAGUGCUCGCGCUGAAGCUGCUUACCUCACUCAGCGAGCACGGUUCUUCGGUGAAAAUGAGGGGCUCGAUGACUAUAUGGAGGCCCGGGAGGGGAUGCAUCUAAAAAACGUGGAUUUCAGAGAGCACAUCCUAGCUUUCCCAGAUCCUGCUCAUCAGCCUUGGUUUUCAAGGCACCGGGUGUUCUGGCUGGCUUCAGCUUUCCUCCUCUCAUGGCCACUUCGCGUCGUUUCGGAAUACCGCACAGCAUAUGUGCACUACCAUGUGGAGAAACUGUUCGGUGAGGAUGAGGACAGCGGUGGAGGUGGGGGAGUUGUUGGUGGAGGGCAGGGUGGAGGAGGAAGAGGGGACACAGUGGAAGGAGCGACUGAGAAUGGAAUCCAUCCAGGAGGACUUGGGAUUGGACUGAAUGGGACAAGCUACCGAGCUAUCUCUCGUGUCAACACAGUGGACAUGACAGAGCUGGAGUGGCACAUCCGUUGUAACCAACAAAUGGUUCCAAGCUACUCUGAGGCUCUUCUUAUGGAUUUGGACUCCAGUGGAAGCACAAAUCCCACAGCCUCAACGCCCAUCUCUGGACCUCCGGGGAUCACUCCCACCCAGGGGCCUCAUCAGCCACCUCUGGCUCUGCCUGUGCUGUUCAACUCUGCUUACCUGCUGCAGAGCUGCCCCAGAUGCAGGAGAACCACAUCGAGCUCCAGUCUUCCCUCCCGGUUAAGGGCUCCAAUGGGAACCACGGCCCUCCUGAACGCUACUGUGGCUGGGAUCCGUGCAGCAGGGCCGGGAAGUGGAGGGGUAGGAGGAAGACUGGUGCUCAGCCGCAGCGGAUUCUCUUUGGGCAGACUGGGAGGUGGGCGACAGAACAGCUUGUUUCACUCAAGAAGCAUUGGAGGAGGACUGGCAGGCAGCAGGGAAGACGGAGGAGGGAGUGGGGGUGGAGGAGGCAGUGGGGCUGGAGGUGGAGGGUCUGGGGGAUUUUUAGGAAUAGGCUCUAGACAGAACAAUGAAGAGACCAGGGGGGUCCUCGAAGGAGAGGAGGAGGAGGAAGAAGAAGAGGUGAGAAGAAGGGAAAGCGGGGGAAGAGAGAGAGACGAGGAGGCAGAGCAGGGAGGAGGGGGUGGAGGAGAGGGCAGGGAGGGUGACAGGGAUCGACCUCCUUCCUACCAGGACGCUUUCUUCUUUCCUGUCCUUAUAAUACAUGGAGAGGAGAGCUGCCACGCCGGAGAUGACAUGCGAGACUGAGAAGAAAAUGAGCGGUUCGAGCAGGAGCUGAAAGAAGACACUGAGCACACAGGAAGGAGUAUUAUCCAACAACAAAGACAGAUACUGAGAAUAAG